AUGACUAAUAUACCAGGAUUAAAAAGUCACGAUUCUAUUCUUUCAAAGUUGGACACUUUCAAGCGUAAGAGAAAAGCUCGCCUGGAAGUUGAAGAACUCAAUAAAGGAAGUCGUCAAGCCAUCGAAAUGGCAGUUAGUGCUUUAACAACUGACGACCGCAAACAAUAUCAAUUGGAAGAACGACAAGAGCGUUCUUUUAUUGAGAAGUCGUCGCAAGGUGUAUUACAAACUGUCAACGAAGUACUUCAUGUAUCAGAACGUUGGGCCAGUCAACGAUGGACUUCCGAACGUAUUCAUCAGAAAGACUUGGUUGCUAUUCUGCGCCUACUAGUUGUUACUGCCCGUCAAUUUAAACCAGAAAUGCGUUUUCAAGCACGUAUUUUUCUUACCGUCAUAAUCGCUCGCAAAUUAAAUGGUAAAUUGGAGUAUCGUUACGAAAGGGAAUACAUCACUGAAGUCACAGAAAUAUUCCCCGGUUAUUUGUUUCAUAUUACAUUGUAUUCAUUAGCUAUAGAUGAAAUUUCAUUUUGUUAG